UAUAUAUACGGUUUUUCUAGUGUGUGCUCAUGGGCACAUGCUAAGCGCGGAAUAUGAAAUUCCACACUUAGGAUGUGUCCAUGGGCACACUAUUGUGAAGUUUAAACUCACAAAUUUCACUAUCGGAAAUUACAUAAAUUUGAUUGCUUACGGUUUGAUGGCAACAAUAAUGGAGCUUGUUCAUGUUUGCCAUGAGCAUCCACUAGUCCUAAUUCAAGAUUUCGACAGUAGUCGCGUUGCAGCACCACUUGUGUGCUGUAUAUGUGAAACUCCGGUAAUAGGACCCUCUCCUGCCUACACAUGCUCUCUGGAGCAUUCACCUUGUUCAUUUAUCCUGCACAAAAGAUGUGCAGAAUCACCCUAUCGUGUCAUAGACCAUAUGCAUCCACAACACCAGCUCGAGCUAUGUAAACAUAGUCUUUACAGAUUUACUAAGGCUGAUAUUCAUCCUGAUAUUGUCAAAAUCUCUUGUGGAGCUUGUGAAGGCCUGAUAAAUGAAGACAUUUGGGCUUACAAUUGUACUUUAUGCGAGUUCAAUUGGAAAAAAGAAGAAUCUGCAACUUCUUAUCCAUUUCGAUUGUGCGCAAGAUGUGUUGUGAUGGAGUCGGUGCUGGAUCACGAGGGACACCAGCACCACUCGCUAACAUUACUGCGCAGGAGAGCGUGUUUCUCGUGUGAUGCUUGUGGAAUUGAAGCUGCAGAGAAUCAUUCAUAUAUAUAUGUCAUUCUUGUCACUUCUGGAUCCACAGCAGCUGCGCUGCAUACCCUCGCACCAUCAAACUCCAAAUUCAUGAGGACGAUACUUUGCAGCUCGUUUAUUCUACUCCAGAUAUGUACAGGAGAUUCAUUAGGCAUUGCCCCAUCUGCAAACAAGGAGUCGAGCAUAAGAACUGGGCCUAUUUCUGUGAGGAGUCCGGAUAUUUUGUUCACAUCAAAUGUGCUUCUGCAUUAUUAGCGUCCGGGAAAAAUGUGAUUGAAAUUGAAGAAGAUGAUGAUGAGCAAACAUAUUCUGAUCUGAUACAAUUUCCGCUGCCAAGAACAGAGUUAUUGAUGGAGAAUUUAACAGCAGUGCAGCGAUCAGGCAAGCUGACUCCUCAAGGGAACGCAAUAGAAGAUGAAAUUGAUAAUGGCGAGGAGAGUCCACUAAUCAAUCACUGGAGUCAUCCACAGCAUAAGUUGUUUCUUUUGGAAGAACUUGAAACUGCUCAUCAUAACAGUGAUGAUGAUGAGAGGGAUACUGACAACCGUAUUGAUGAGAUGUUGGUGUGUGAUGGAUGUGUCCAACCAAUCUCAACAGCUUCGGAUAAACGUUACUAUGGUUGCAUCGGAUGCAAUUAUUUCCUACACACUACUUGUGCCAAUCACUUGCCAUUGCAGUCCGGUUCAGGAAAUUGUCCACGUGAUCCUCAACACAUAUUAAAGCUUCAUCAUUACAGUACUAGUCCAUUAGAAACUACUCUCUGCUGUCGAUGCAAUGCACGUGCCAAUGGAUUCACAUAUCGCUGCUCCCCAUGUAAGAAUUCUAUUUGCAUUUCCUGUUAUCUAACACCUCACAAAAUUAAACACGAGUAUCAUAAGCACCCCUUAGUUCAGCGUGAAGCCACAUGGAACAAAACUUGCAACGCUUGUUUAGUACAGGAUAUAAGCGUUGAGUACGGAUGUGAAAGUUGCAGUGACGUCCAGGUUCAUCCAAGUUGCGCUGUGUCAUUCCCAAAAACAAUAUAUCAAAGAUGGGAUUCUCAUUCUAUAUCAUUGAUAUAUCCUCCCAUAUAUUACAAGGGCUUGAGAUACUGUGAGAAAUGCGAGCUGGAAGUAAAUCCAGAAGCCUGGUUGUAUCGUUGCAGCGAAUGUGAUCAAUUUUUUCAUCCCUUAUGCAUUCGACAACCUCAUCUGAAGCUCGGCCAUACGAUAGAUCCAUCAAUUUCUCGUACUCUUCACCCGCACCCCUUAACGUUAAAGAUGAUAUACAAAAACAGGUAUCCUCAACGUCUACAUAAAUCUUUGUCCUGUAGAGAAAGAAUUUGUUUAGGGAACUUUCUUGAUGAACCUCAACAACUAGUCUUAGAAUGUGCUGGUUGUAAUUAUAUAAUGUGUCUAUAUUGUUCCUCCCGGCAAAUCAUUUUAAAGCCUUUAAAACUAUGAAAAGAACUCAUCCGGUGUUCUUGAGCCUGGAGUCAUGGAAUCGGAUGGAGUGCGGAGAAUGUUCCAACCUUGAGUUGUUGAUUUCCUUGUGCAACUUUACAAGUCCUUUGUCUUUAUUGCUUUCGAGGUAUUCAAUUACGAUUUUAAAGAAUUUUCUUUUUCAUUUUAAAA